AUGAAGAGCAUGCGAUCGCUCACAUCUAUACUCCAAGCAGGGACCAAGUCAAGAACACAUUUUCAAUUGAAACCCUCUCAGGCAAGAGCCUACACCCAGGCCUUCAAUACCCGCAACCUCUCAGCGGACCCAGACCCCACGUCAGAGAGACGAGCCCUCAACCCAGAAAGAUACGAGACCUGCAAAUCAGGGACAGACGAUGAAGUCGCGCAGCACAAAUCACCCUACGAUCCGUCCAGCACAACGCCAGAGAGUGAACACAGAGCUCUGGAAGAUGAAUAUAAACUCGAAGGCGACGUGUCCCACGACCCACUGUUUGUCAGCCCUGCCAAUAGGGAUUUCAGUUUGAUUCUCGAUCCGAUGGUUGGCGGCGCAGUGCACAAUGCCCAGUCGUUAGGGAGCGUGCGUGGGUGGACGAAUAAGCAUAGGACUGUGCUGAGGCGAACGGCGCCGUUUGAGUUUAGGGGGUAUGAGAAGGUUGUUUGGAAUUUGAGGAAGAAGUCUGCGCAAAGGUAG